UUAGUUUUUGCAAAAAUUAAAGGUUUAUUGUUACAAUUUUCUAGGGUAAAUAUUGAAAAAAUUCAUAAUUUUGGAAUUACUGCCAUAAAACACCACUUUUUUCAUCAUCUCCAAACUCAAAUAAUGUUACUACAAACUGCUCAAAAUAAAUAAAUAAAUAAAUAAAUAAAUAAAUAAAAACCUCAAAAUGAUGUCACCUUCUCCAGCGCGAAGCCGUCAACAAUAGAAAAACCGGGUCAACCCACCUCAUUUCUUCGUCGUCUUAUUUUGGUCUCCUUUUUUCCCAUAGAAAAUUCAACCAACUCACAAAAAUUUAAAGUUAAAUAAUAAGAAAAAGUGCUUUAUUUUACUCUCAACAAAUUAACAUCGAUCACACUUUAUUUAUUUCAUUAAUUGAUGAGCAACAAGCUCACUAAAUGCCCUUAUACAAAUCUCCCCCAAACCCUUUUGAUUGUAGAGCAGAGUUCAAUGAAAAAUGGAGAAAAUUCAUUAUUUUCUGAAUUUAUGUUUUGUAUUUUUUCUGGGUUUCUUUGAUUAUUCAUCUGCGGACCAAAUUCCGCACAAUUCUUUCACUAUUUCCAGCUUUAAUUACCCACAAACUAAGCUUAAACCUUAUGAAUGGCGUUAUAUUAGAGUUGAUUUGCCGCCAUGGUUCUCUUCAGUGUCUAUAGGACUAGAGUCAGAUGUCAACCUUGGUCAUGGAAGUGUGGAAAAAAUUUCCAAAAGCACGCUGCCACUCAUUUGCUUCAGAUCUGGAAGUCCCCCUCUACCCGAUUCCUCAAAAAAGGCUUUGAAUCAUUUAGUUUUAGGAUCACUUUCUAAUGGAUCAGUUGGACUCAUUGAAAGUGUACAAAAUGUUGAGCUUUGCUACCCUUUGGAAAAGAGGAUAAUUUUGAAUUGGACAAAUGAACAGAUAACCCCUGGUGUCUGGUAUGUUGGCCUUUUCAAUGGUGUUGGAGCUAUGAGGACACAAUCAAAGAUGAUUAGUAGAGGAAGUUCAUAUUCCUUUUCUGCCAAUGUGAGUGUGGAAGGAUGUAUAGCAUCAAACUUGUGGGGCCAGUUCUGCAACCAGAGUAUCAAAGCACUUUCAUGCUCUCAAGCAUAUCCUGAUUAUGCUAUACCAAAUGUAUCUGCUGCUGACUUAAAUGAUGGGACUACAAAAGAUGUGGUUUCCUGUAGAGAUCCUGUUGGAAAUUCUUGCCUUGGGGAUAAUGAAACCAGAGUCUACUCCUUGGAAAUAAUUGGAAUGGUAGAGAGCCUAACCAUUUCAGCCACAGUCGUCAAAUUAAAUAGAACAUCAUCAUUCAACAAUGCAGAUAAAGCUGGGAAAGUUGCUAUUAUGUGUUAUGCUCGCUAUGGCACUAUUGCUCUUGCUACCAUGCAUGAUUUCUCUGGUGACAUUAGUAAAGGCUCUUUAAUUGUCCCAUCACCAAAGGUAGGUCGCUGGUUCAUCACUAUUGCCCUUAUUAAUCUGACUAAUGGAUUAGAUGCGGUUCAAGAGAGUGGCACGAGAGUUUGCUAUUCCCUAUCAUGGGAGGUGUCUGAAUGUCCUUUGGGAAAAGCUGGAUUCAACUGUACUUCAGAUAUUUACACGCUUCAGACAGUUCUGAGGAAGAAUCCAUCCGUUCCCUUUGAAUCUUAUUAUGUACCCCUGAAUGGUAUCGCGUCUUCUAAUUCAGCCAACUUUCCUCUUGCACCCCUUAUCAGUAAUUCAACACUGGGAAAUAUCACUUGGACAUACUUUGUUCUUGACAUUCCUCUUGGUGCAGCUGGAUUAAAUUUGCACUUCAGACUAACAUCAGAAGAGAAAGCUGGUUAUGAAAUUUAUGUGAGAUAUGGGGGGCUUCCAUCUGCUGAUAUAUGGGAUUUUUACUACAUAAACCAUAUUAACAGCAGCGAUGAUUCUAUGUUUUUCCUUCUAUAUAAUUCUAGCAAAGAGUUGGUCGAUUUCUAUGUCUUAUAUGCUAGGGAAGGAACCUGGACUUUUGGCUUAAAGCGUCUAAAUUCCAUUAAUAGUCCAUCCUUAGAGAAGACUAUGAUUUCUGUUUCUCUUGAAAGAUGUCCCAAGAAAUGCUCUACCCCUCAUGGAGCGUGUCAAAAUUUUGUGGAUGAAAGUGGCUUGACGGUAUACAGCUACUGUGCUUGUGACCGGACCCAUGGGGGCAUUGAUUGCAGUACAGAAAUUAUUUCUCGUCGAGGGCACAUGUGGCAGUCAAUUUCACUUGUUGCAUCUAAUGUUGCUGCUGUUCUUCCUGCAUAUUGGGCUCUUCGAAAUAAGGCUUAUGCAGAGUGGGUUAUUUAUACAUCGAGUGGAAUUUCAAGUGGACUUUAUCAUGCUUGUGAUGUGGGUACCUGGUGUGCACUGACAUUUCGUGUGUUACAGUUCAUGGAUUUUUGGCUGUCUUUUAUGGCGGUGGUGAACACAUUUGUGUAUUUGGCUGAUAUCACUGAAACUUCGAGAAGGACUAUCCACGCUGUUGUUUCAAUUGUUACAGCUUUAAUGGCCAUAACUGGGGCGACCAGGUCUUCGAACUUGGUUCUGGUAAUUGCCAUUGGGGCCACUUUUUUGUUUAUUGGUUGGCUCAUUGAGCUAUCCACUAAACUCAGAUCAAUUUCAUUUCCUGCUGGAUUUUGUUUGAGUGAAUUUUACAGUUGGCACGGCAUAAAAACAUCACUUCAGAAUUUUGUCAAGAUGCUCUUGAAGCGUUUUCAUUGGGGUUUUUUGGUGGCUGGUUUUGUUGCACUGACAAUGGCUGCUGUAAGCUGGAGCCUUGAAAACUAUCAGAAUUAUUGGAUUUGGCAUAGUUUAUGGCAUGUGAGCAUAUAUACAUCUUCUUUUCUCUUUCUUUGCUCAAAGGUUACACCUAGAGCAACCAAUACUGAGAACCGGAGACCACAAAUUGAAAACUACCAAUUAACUCGACAGGAGUCAGGUUCCCGUGGAGCUGAUUAGAGUAUAGCUGUUAAUUAUGGUAUUACUAGAAAGACUAUGAGUGAGCUGAACAGAUUGGGUGAUAUGCUCCAUCUUUCAUGUAGAUAGUAGAUACGUGGCACAUUAAAAGGAAUAGAGGUCUCUACUGAGAAAAGAUUUCUACAUUAUCGUACCUGUUUCUGAGAUAGAUCUUCAGUAUCAAUGUGGGUAGACUAUAUAGAGUGCACUUAUACAUAAUGUGGGAUUAAAUACAAUAUCAUUGAUAUAGUACAUUGAUCACACUGAAGGAUGGAAACUCUGUAUUUAUUCAAGGGAAAAUCAAAGAUUUUCUCUUUGUAAUGGUAGUUGUCUUUCUCUAGUUGCUCAUGUACAUUUCUAGGUUGAAAAAAGAAUGGUUUUAUCCUUUGAAUCUCAUGUAACUAACACUUAAAUGGUGUAAGUAUCAAUACAGCUCGUUUAUGAAAUUCA